AUGGGCUCGGACCCGCAAUACACAAAGUGGCCGCUGCUGCCGCUGGCCCAGCAGGUCUUUGCCCUGACCAACCCCUAUGCCGGCCGCACCGCCCAGCAGGCCGCCGUCAAGGCCGUCCAGGAGGCCAUUGGCGAACACAAGAUGGCACCGCUCUACCGGUACCUCGCACACCCCGUCGAGGGCGUUCUGAACGGCGUUGGCGACCUCUCCUCCUCCUCUGCGACCGCUUCCUCUGCCAAGACAAACUCCUCUUCCUCCUCCGCCGCCGCCGCCACCACCGCCCCGCAUAUCCCGCCCGGCAGACCGCUGAGCCGCAAGUCGAGCGCCGUCGGCAUGAUUGCCAACAAGAACCCCACGGCCACGGCCGCGCUCGCCUGGGACGAGUCCCUGUACCAGACGCUGCAGAAGGACAACGAGACGGAGCUGGCGGGCCUGCAGACCGAGGAGGACGAGGCCGUCGAGCAGGCCGGCGACACCGAGAUCCAGGCGGUGCGCGGCAAGCGCGCCGAGUUUUGGGCGCGCGUCGGCGACAAGGACAAGGCCCUGGCCGCGUACGAGGCCGUCUUUGAGAACACGGGCAUCCUGGGCGCCAAGAUCGACGUCGUGUUGGCCAUGGUGCGCGUCGGCCUGUUCUUUGGCGACAAGUUUUUGGUCAAGCGCCUGCUGGAGCGCGCCACCGCGCUCGUCGACGCCGGCGGCGACUGGGACCGCCGCAACCGCCUCAAGGCCUACGAGGGCCUGUCGCUGCUGACGGUGCGCUCCUACAGCGUGGCCGCGCCGUUGCUGCUCGACAGCCUGUCGACGUUUACGAGCUACGAGCUGUGCACCUACAGCCAGCUCGUCGUCUACGCCGUGCUGGCCGGCUCCGUCAGUCUCAAGCGCGUCGACUUCAAGGCCAAGGUCGUCGACGCCCCCGAAAUCAAGGCCAUCCUGGGCGACGGCGAGGACAAGCUGCUGGCGCUGUCGGGUGUCAUCUCGGCCGGCCCAGGCGCGGACGCGGAUGCGGAAGCGGAUGCCACGGCGGCCGCGUCGUCAGGCGCUGCAUCAGGCGCAGCAGGGCCCUCCAAGGGCGUGGUCAACCUGACGACGCUGGGCACGGGCCUCGAGCAGCCCGAGGCCGAGGUCGCGGUCGACUUCUCGCCGCUGGCGCAGCUGGUGGCCAGUCUGUACACGGGCCGCUACAAGCAGUUCUUCCAGGCCCUGGCGCAGGUCGAGGAGCAGUUCCUCAACCAGGACCGCUACCUGCACGAGCACAAGAGCUGGUUCAUCCGCGAGAUGCGCCUGCGCGCCUACCAGCAGCUGCUGCAGUCGUACCGCGUGGUCGGGCUCGACAGCAUGGCCCAGGACUUUGGCGUCACCGUCGACUUCCUCGACCGCGACCUGGCCAAGUUCAUUGCCGCCGGCCGCAUCCCCUGCACCAUUGACCGCGUCUCGGGCAAAGGCGUCAUCGAGACCAACCGGCCGGACGACAAGAACAAGCAGUACCAGGACGUUGUGCGGCAGGGCGACCAGCUGAUUACCAAGCUGCAAAAAUACGGCCAGGCCGUGCGCCUGCGCGGAAGCGAGCGGGCAUAG